CCCAGCUGCACGUGAAGGCAGCACUAAUCACAACGGGAGCGGAGCGCUCGCGGCGCUCGUACCUCACCGGUAAUGUGAGUCUUAUCCAAGGACAGGACGGUAUUAUGAGCUGAAGAAAUCCUGCUGUGUUAUGAUGUUUUGUGAGCAGCUGAGAGGGUGAGCGGCUCUUCACUGUGUGGUGGUGUUAGAGUAGAUUUAGAUUUUAGUCCAGUGUUUUGUUUUGUUUUUUUUAUUUACUGUGGCCUAUAAAUAUUUUUUAAUCCCCUGGUAGUUUUAGCUUCUCGGACAGCCCCGGAAUUUGGUGGUUGCACAAUGACUGUGUUUUAAUUUUGUGCUGGAAUAGCGAGACAUGUGCGACAGAUAGGCUGCGUCUCGUGUCGCCUAAAACCAGCCGGGACAGACGGGACAGGACAUUUUUCACAACAUCAGAGUGCAGAAGAAAGAGACGCAACAUGUUUGAAGCUGCAGGGAUCCCUCUCAUCGUGCUGGACCUCAUCUGCCUCACCCUCGUUGGACUCCCAUUUUUUAUCCUCACCCCUCAACACAACCCUUUCAAACGCGGGUUCUUCUGUAACGAUGAGUCCAUCAGAUACCCCCUCAAAGAGGACACCAUAUCCUACCAGCUGUUGGGAGGAGUCAUGAUCCCCUUCACGCUGAUCGUGAUCGUCUGCGGCGAGUGCCUUUCUGUUUACUUCUCCCGCAUCAAGAACCAGUCUUUGGGGACCAAGUAUGUGGCGUGUGUCUACAAAGCUGUGGGGAGCUAUGUGUUCGGAGCUGCUGCUAGCCAAUCUCUGACAGACAUAGCCAAGUAUUCCAUCGGCCGUCUGCGGCCAAACUUCCUGGCUGUGUGCAAUCCAGUCUGGAAUACCAUCAACUGCAAAGCCGGCGGAUACAUAGAGAACUUCACCUGCACUGGAGACAAGUUCCUGGUGGAUGAGGCCAGACUGUCCUUCUACUCAGGUCAUUCAUCCUUCUCCAUGUACUGCAUGCUGUUCCUUGUACUGUACAUUCAAGCCAGACUGAAGUCAGAGUGGUCGAGGCUUCUGCGUCCCACCAUCCAAUUCUUCCUGAUUGCCACUGCCAUAUAUGUGGGUCUGUCCCGGGUGUCUGACUACAAACAUCACUGGAGUGAUGUGCUCACUGGCCUCCUGCAGGGAGGCUUAGUUGCCACUCUCACAGUGUUCUGUGUGUCCAAUUUCUUUGAACAGCCAGUGGGCCCAGUGGUGUCACAGGAGGAAGCCUCACACACCAGUUUACAGGAAAACCCUUCCAAUGGGAACCACUACGGCAGCACUGAGUGACUACGAGGCCUCAGAGACAAUACUGUAUAGGGCUUUUAUCCCCUUAGGGAGGACCUAAAACACAACAGUGACCUGCAAGUGUUUCUUGCAUUUCUUCAACACAGUUUGCCCCGCAGAACCGAUGCUGCAGGAUUUAGCUGCUAUUUUUGGUGUGGUUGGUAAACUUUGAUUUAAGGAAGAAAAGUGCACUACAGAAGAGGGUUCUUGCACUUUAUGGGGAUAUAAAGAAGCAGAACUUUGUGCCGGUAAUUCCAACAUAAUACAGCUUACUAUGGAAUGACAAAAAAAACACAGCAUGUUGUGUUUACCUCAGAGAAAAGUUGCUUUUUUACAGCAUGAGCUUGUUGGAAAUGUGGUUUCCAGAGUAUAUUGGUCUGAUGUUGCCAUUAUGAAUGAAUGAAAUUCCUUUUGCCCAGAAUAUAAUGAGCGUCUGUGUGCACACUGCAAGCAGGCUUGUGGAGAGCCUGGCACCUGUGAAUAAGAAAACCUGGACUGUCCUUAAGUUUUAAAUGGAGACUGAACUCAGAAAUAAUAAUAUAUAUUUUGUGUGGUUGUUUAUAUUGCUACCUGCCAUUAUGUCCCUCCCCUAAUGUUAUUUCUUGAAUGAAAAAUACAAUGCAUUGAUGUUUUUUUUUUUACAGUUUGUAUGAAGCUGUUUAUGUUAAGCUUUAAACAGUGUUGUUUAGAGCAGUAAUGUGAAAAAAAUGUGUGGCAAAUAAAGAGAGCACCGGAUUGCUUCUUUGUUACAAAGGAGG